AAUUUUACAUGCGUUGUUUUUGAACUUAGUGAUAUUUGAUAAUUAGUUUUUUGUAGAAUCGAUUAACGGUUGAUAACAAAUUGUUUGUGAAACAUUAUAAUUAUUCAACUAUGAGUGUAAUCGAAGAUACUUGGGAUGGAUUAAUUAAUUUGAACGAUAUAGAAUACAAAACUCACAUAAACUUUGAAAAAAGUUUGGCAACGUUAACGGAACAAGUAACAAACAUAUUAGACGAAUAUUUAGGCAAGCAAAAACCUAAUAUUUUGGAAAAUAAAGCUUGUAGUUCUGAUGAAUACUUACAGCACAUUGUGGAAAGUAACACUAGCUUAAAACAAGAAAUUGACUUGAAGCUAUUGGAUUUGACUCAAAAACAAAGUCACUAUAAAAAUUUUAAAGAAGAGCAAAAACUUUUAACCAAAGAAAUUAAAGAAACACAUGAAGCUUUUUUGAUGGCUAAAAAGUAUUAUAAGAAGUUUUUAAAACUAUAUUACACAAUUGAAUCCAAAGACAUGGAAAAGCAAGUAAUUUUCAUCCAAUUUUUUACUGAGUCUAAAAAAGAUGUUGAAAAUUACUCCAUAAGACUACUGAGAGAACCUAAAAUAGGAAAAUACCAACUACAAGCUAUGACACCAAAACUUACCUUAUUCAAGGAUAUACAAUUAAUACUAGGAGAGAAAAAUGAUGUGCCUGGUAUAUUGUGUUGCAUAAGAGAUGAAUUUAAAUCUAUAAGAGAGAGCAAAAAACUUAAAAGAAUGAAUUAGACAUAGGUAUUAUUUUAGUUUAUCUAAUUACUUCCAAUUCUUGUUUUUAUACUGUUUCAAAAAGUCAAUAUGACAAUUAAC